CUAAAAACACACCAACUCAUCCACAGUGGAGUUAAACCUUACAGCUGUGACUUGUGUGGAAAGUCUUUUACCCAGGCUGGACACUUGAAAAAACACCAACUCAUCCACAGUGGAGUUAAACCUUACAGCUGUGACUUGUGUGGAAAGUCUUUUACCGAGGCUGGACACUUGAAAAAACACCAACUCAUCCACAGUGGAGUUAAACCUUACAGCUGUGACUUGUGUGGAAAGUCUUUUACCCAGGCUGGACACUUGAAAAAACACCAACUCAUCCACAGUGGAGUUAAACCUUACAGCUGUAAUGUGUGUGGAAAGUCAUUUACACAGGUUGGACACUUGAAAAAACACCAACUCAUCCACAGUGGAGUUAAACCUUACAGCUGUAAAUUGUGUGGAAAGUCUUUUACCGAGGCUGGAGGCUUAAAAACACACCAACUCAUCCACAGUGGAUUUAAACCUUACAGCUGUGAGUUGUGUGGAAAGUCUUUUACCCGGGCUGGA